AUGGAGGAGGCACAGCAGUGCAACAGUUUGUGUACCCCCAGCAAUAUCAGCAGCAGCACCACCACCACAAUCCCCAGCUGCAGCAGUAGCCUUGAUAGUAGCAGCUGCGACGCCGCACAGGGGUUGUUCACAGUGGAGAGAGAUACCCUUGAGGGUUUAGGAAAAGGGGGGGAACCUCUCAAACUGCUCAUUGUGGUCUGCAAGGGCCUCUUCUUUGUUUGGGUUGGAGAAACACCUCCAACUCUCUCAGAAUUAGCGAUGGCUAUCGUUCCAGAGAACCAGGUAAGCCGUAAUCCCUUAUCAUCGCAAACCCCAAGCUGUAUGUCUGCAUUUCCAUUUCAGGCCGUAAUCCACAGGCGUGCGCUGCUGGCUCAGGUCACUGCCUUUUCUUCCGUCCUGUUUUCCUCCUCGGUUAACGGUGUGAGCGAAGCCCUUGCAUCCAAACUAAGUGCAAGUGUGGGAUGGCCUGUUGUGCUGUCGAUAUCUACCGAUAUCCCGCCAGAGGGCUUCCUUCAACUGCAGCAGUCUCUGAAACAGCGACUUUUGCAACUCAAGGAAAAGCAACAAUAGGAAGUCUGCACACUAGCGCCUAGGGUAGAAAUCCAAGUGGAUGCCUGUCAAACAUUGUCGACAAAAGGCAUUCUUGGAGGUUCCUAA